UCCCCCAACCUACCUCUCUCUCUCUCUGUGCCCAGCCACACCUGCUCCGAGGCGCGCACUGCUCCUCCUCGCAAUCCCAUCUCCUCCUCGCGCGUGCAGCGUGGUCUCCCCUCGGUUGCCUCCUCCCCCUUCAGUAACCCUCCUCCUCCGUCGUGUCCCCGCCGCUCCUUCCCUCGCCACGCUCGAUCUGGUAACUCUGGUGUAAGCAAGCAGAAGAACUGGAUACUUGACACUAGCACAGAGCCCUGGCAGCAUGCGGUGGUUGGGUCCUUUGGUUGAAGUGUUCCAAAGAGGGAUCUCCUUGAACCUUUACUGCCGUGUGAUUCUGUAAAUCACUUCCGUGGUUAUCGGAGACCUUCGCACGCUUCCUGAUUCAUAUGUUUGUGAAGGCAAUUUGGAACUUCCCCAUCCGAUUGCUAGCAUUGCUGUUUGGGUGCUGUGGUUGUUCGGCCAAAGCUUCCAAGGAGAACGGUGAGGAAUACUAAUGGUGUGGAAAGCAGCUGCUCAGACGAGAUUCCGCGUGUUUAAGCAUGAGAACGGAAUCGCCGUGAGAGUUAUGGCUUGCUUCCAGCCGCUGCAAAAUUGCCAGGCCGAGUACUUCCGCCAUCUCCUCAAGCCCGUGACGUAGCUUCGCUCUGCUCUCGUUUUCUGCUGAAUAAACUUUCUGUUUUAGUUUUUUCUUAAUCACAAUUCAAGUGGGAGAAAACACCCCGUUGAUCUGAACUUUCUGCUGGUAAUUCAGUUUGUUAGUGGUUUGUUCAUGGGGGACAAGGUUAAUCCUUUGCUCCAUUGGCCUAAUCCUUCAUGGAAACUGAAUAUGGAUAGCUCUGCAGACAAUCUCUAUCCACCUGAUGCUGGGCUUGAUAACAUCAAUUUGGUGGCAUUGCCAACAUAUCUGAACAAUCAUGCCUAUAUCUAUUCUGGAAUCGCUGCACCUGUGCCAUUUUUCACAGCAUCAGUUGCUGACAGGCCACCUCUUCCAAAGCCUUCGAGAUUUGUCGCAACAUUGCCACCCGGUUUGGAAUUGUCUGCAGCAUAUCCACCACGCAAGGGAUCUCUGGUUUUCUACCAGAAGGAGAAUCAUACUCCUAUUACAGCUCCUCCCCUGAGCAAGGGGACGUUGGAUCCUGUGCCAGAGCUCCAAGGUAGCAACGAGACUAAUGUAACUGAUGUUGGAGCAGAAGACACUGAGGGAAUUCAUGAGAACACAGAUGAGAUUAAUGCACUCCUGGAUUCCGACUCGGAUGAAGGGUUCGCAAAAGUGCAUGAACUCGGCAGAGUCAGGCAAUCUCCUGCAGAGAAUGACACCUUGAGCGUGGAGUCAGUGGCCAGUGCUGGUGCUAGCGCAGGUGCUGCACGACCAGCAAAGAAGAGAAGACUCAGCUCUGGCACCGACAGGUCUGUCGUUGAUACUGCAAGUUCAGCAAGGCCUGAUCAUUCCAUUGAACAGAAGCUUCUUGGCAAUGACUGUGAUGCACAGUCAUGUUGCAUUGGUGAAGUGGAAAGUGACCACAAGUUUGCUCUGAGAGAAGGAGAAGCAGCAGAUGGUGACAGCCCCAACGAUCUAGAGCGGAGAAGAGAGAGGAUCCAAGAGACUGUUACUGCACUCAGAAAGAUUGUCCCUGGAGGCAUCGCCAAAGAUGCCACAGUUGUUCUUGAUGAAGCAAUCUGCUACUUGCAGUAUCUGAAACUCAAGGUCAAGACGCUGGGAGCUGUCUCCCUCUAGCUGCUGAACAAUUGUGAUUUGGCUCUUGAAGCCAUUACUUCUCUACGUAUAUGAACUACUAGUAAUAGUAAUAAGGUGAAGACACCAGGAUAGCUCAAUUUGGUGCUUAGGACACGCUGCAGUGAAACACAAGAAGAAAAGGUCUAACGGUGCUUGCUUCCCGUAGCCUGUACAUAUAAGGCUCAAAUGAUUGAGUGGUUGCAAUGAGCAUGCAGCAUUGCACUACUACUCCUUCAGUUGAAGCAGGCAUGCAUGUUUUCCUUGAUUGCGAAGUACUGAGGACACUGGAGGCCACAAGAUCCACCGAGCUCGCCAUGCUACCCUCCGGCUAGCUAGCUUAGCAGUAUCUUUCCGCCGCAGGACUUUGCUCUUCUCCCUAUCGGUGCCUCGGUGCCUGUUCUAUCAGCUUCCUCAAAAGGCCCUCAUGGUGUUGAUAGUGCAAUAAGCAAUUCAAAUGUACAACGAACUUUGCUGAGUGUGGUCCAAACCAAACGAGGAAAGGAGUCCAUUCCAUGCAAAGCGCAGUGUUGUGCUGUUUGCGUCCAUGGCUUUUGACCAAACUACCAAAGGGAGAUGGCUCGAGGUUAGGUUGGUGUGUGGUGGUGUGUUCAUGGGGGUCCAACCGGCCCAACAAAGUGUUCUGUGCCUGAUGUGGAGUUCAACACCGUUGCACCUUUCAUCAUCUCACGAUUUCUUUCAGCUACAUAGAUAUGUAUGCUUCGAUAUAUGUAUGUUGGUGUGUUUGCUUUGCUACUACUUUAUACGCGUUGUAAUGAUACUCUGGUUGGGGGUUGGGACCCCAAUAAUGGCCUUUCAUGUACAGUAUGUACGACGGUAUUAUUGUA